AUGAUCGAUAGUGAGAACUUCCCAGCUCGACACUUUGCGGAACUUUUCAAGAAAUUGUCAUUGCAGCUUACCGCAUCUACGGACAAAUUUGCACGAUUAAACAUAGGCGAAGACGCUACCAAUGGAAUGUUAUGGGAACUUGUCCAUAUUCUACUGAAGAUUCAAGAUCCAGCUCUUGCUUCUAUGCCAGACUCAGUUCAUUUCGGUCGUACUUUGAAUGCGCUUAUAAUACGGCUGUGCCUUCGAGUCGAACGUACAACGUUCUUCGCAGCUUGUACGCGGUGCCUUAUGACUAGUUUAUUAGAGGAUCCUGAUGAGGCGGCUCUGCUAUUCACAAAAUGCCUCUAUAAAUGGGCAGAUACUAUGUCAAAGCACAAAACUGCUAUUGAUAAUGACCUCUACAUCAGGGCGGCCAACAGGUUUUACGAACAAAUUUACCCGAAAAUUGAACUGAACAACGCUUUUCGCGAAGGCAUCCGCGCUGUUGAAAUGUGCACGGAACAAGCGAUGAUUGUUAUGGGGCCGUCGCUGCUGGAGCGACUAAAGCGAUUUCCGAGACCGAAUGUCAAUUUCCUGCAGCACAUGCAAGCUUGCUUUGCAGAAUGCCAAAAAAUCAAUCCUUCUGGAUGGGGAGUCUCAUUACCUGGAGCUGUCAUUGAACCACCUGUACUGCCCAAGGCAAACGCUGUCAAUGGUACUGGUCGAUCAGAAUUGCAGAUUCUAGUUGAUAAUGUGGUUCGGGACUUACCAUCGUUUGAUAAGCACACAUCGUUGCUUGUUUCGUACAUGGAUAAGCAUCCGCAGGAGUUAGGAAAAAUGGAGGAAUAUUUGAAAACA